GCGUUGCACUGAGUUGGCCUCUGUCAACCUCCGAGAAUUCCCUGCUUCCCAUCUUCCGAUUGGCCUGCUCGAGCGAACAGACCCCACCCGCAGCCCAGUCUGCUCUCGUUUUUGGGGCUAGGUUCCCAGACUCCUCUCUGAAAACCUCGCAUUCCAAUUGUCUCAAAAACCUCCUUCGAACCAUCUCCGCUCCAAACUGCGAUUGCAAGGCGGUUGCAAUUGCUUUCCUUGCGUUCCGCAACCUCCCAGAUACCACUUAAUAAUGUUCCGGAACGCCCUCCGCCAGUCCAGCCGCGCUGUCGGCGCCGUGUCGGCCUCGAGCCGCAUCACCGCCCGCAACGCCGCGCCCGCCUUCAAAGCCGCCUCGAUCCAGGCCCGCACCUACGCCGAUGCGAAGGCUUCGCCGACUGAGGUCUCUUCCAUCCUCGAGCAGAGGAUCCGCGGUGUCCAGGACGAGAACAACCUCGCCGAGACUGGCCGCGUUCUGUCCGUCGGUGAUGGUAUCGCCCGUGUGCACGGCAUGGCCAACGUCCAGGCCGAGGAGCUAGUCGAGUUCGCUUCCGGUGUCAAGGGAAUGUGCAUGAACCUCGAGGCCGGCCAGGUCGGUGUCGUGCUGUUCGGCUCUGACCGUCUGGUCAGGGAGGGCGAGGUCGUCAAGCGUACCGGAGAGAUUGUCGAUAUCCCUGUCGGCCCCGAGAUGCUGGGUCGUGUCGUUGACGCCCUCGGCAACCCCAUCGAUGGCAAGGGUCCCAUCGGUUGCAAGGAGAAGCGCCGUGCCCAGCUCAAGGCCCCCGGCAUUCUGCCCCGCCAGUCUGUCAACCAGCCCGUCCAGACCGGCCUGAAGUCCGUCGACGCCAUGGUGCCCAUCGGCCGUGGUCAGCGUGAGCUGAUCAUUGGUGACCGUCAGACCGGCAAGACUGCCGUCGCUCUGGACGCCAUCCUCAACCAGAAGCGCUGGAACAACAGCACCGACGAGACCAAGAAGCUUUACUGCGUCUACGUCGCCAUCGGCCAGAAGCGUUCGACUGUUGCCCAGCUCGUCAAGACCCUGGAGGAGAACGACGCGCUGAAGUACAGCAUUAUUGUCGCCGCCACCGCCUCCGAGGCCGCCCCCAUGCAGUACCUGGCUCCUUUCACCGGCACCGCCAUCAGCGAGUACUUCCGUGACAACGGAAAGCACGCUCUGGUCGUCUACGACGAUCUGACUAAGCAGGCCAUCGCCUACCGUCAGAUGUCGCUGCUGCUGCGUCGCCCCCCCGGACGUGAGGCCUACCCCGGUGACGUCUUCUACCUGCACUCGCGUCUGCUCGAGCGUUCGGCCAAGAUGAACAACAAGACCCACGGUGGUGGCUCCCUGACUGCUCUGCCCAUCAUUGAGACCCAGGGUGGUGAUGUGUCCGCCUACAUUCCCACCAACGUCAUUUCCAUCACCGACGGUCAGAUCUUCUUGGAGGCUGAGCUUUUCUACAAGGGUAUCCGCCCCGCCAUCAACGUCGGUCUGUCCGUGUCUCGUGUCGGCUCCGCUGCCCAGCUCAAGGCCAUGAAGCAGGUGGCUGGUUCCCUGAAGCUCUUCCUGGCCCAGUACCGUGAGGUCGCCGCCUUCGCCCAGUUCGGUUCCGACCUGGAUGCCGCUACCAAGCAAACCCUGAACCGCGGUGAGCGGUUGACCGAGCUUCUCAAGCAGCGCCAGUACAGCCCCAUGGCUGUCAACGAGAUGGUCCCGCUCAUCUUCGCCGGUGUCAGGGGUCUCCUGGACUCGGUCCCCGUGCCCAGGAUUCAGGAGUGGGAGGCCGACUUCCUCGCCUACCUGAAGACCAACGAGUCCGACCUGCUUGCCACCAUCGACAAGGAGGGCGCUCUGAGCAAGGAACUGGAGGCCAGGCUCCAGGACGCCAUCACCACUUUCACCAAGAGCUUCCUUGGUUAAAUCUCCUGAGGGCGCUUUUGUGUCACGUUAAAAGCAUUACUGGGAGGUGGUGGGAGAUGCGGGCGGCGGAUGUCUAUACCUGAUGGCUGUGUCUCGUUUACUAGAGAGACGGUUUCUUCUCGCUGGGUGCAGUGGGAACCUGCGGGAUGCAGGGAGGGACUCGAUUCUCCAGUCCGCGGUAUUGUAAAAUAGAGUCGAACUCAAUCAAGCACUCGAAUUCCUUUUGUCUUAUA